GAGAGGGGGUUGUGGCAUCGGUAGAUUCCAGGCAUUUCGAGGCAAGAGGCCAGCUCCAGACAGGAUGAUCGAGAUUGUUUGCAAUGACCGUCUAGGGAAGAAGGUUCGCAUUAAGUGCAACACCAAUGACACCACUGGGGACUUUAAGAAGCUAAUCGAAGCCCAAACUGGCACCCGUUGGAACAAGAUCGUCCUGAAGACGUGGUACACAAUUUUUAAGGACCAUGUGUCUCUGGGAGACUAUGAAAUCUACGAUGGGAUGAACCUGGAGCUUUAUUACCAGUAGAGCAGACUUCCCGCUGGCCACCCUCCCCUCCCGUU